AUUGUUGUUUUGACAGGUGUCAGACAUAUUGGAUUGUUUUCUUUCUGCGCAAGCGUAGCGUGUCGGAUCACCGCUGGCAACGUUUGGCGGGAAAUAUUAGAAAGCACAUGCAAAUCACGUGACUAAUAUACUGUUCAAAAUGUCGGACAUAGGCGAAAACUCUCAAACAAUGCCGGUUAUAAACAAACGUCCACGCCUGUCUAUUUUACAGCAAAAUGAAGGAUCAGGAGAUGAUACGGACGACGUUUCUAGUACAGUGAGCACACUACAAGAUGACACUCAGUCUGAUUCAUCAAAUUUACCAGGUUCUAAACAAACGGGAAAGAAUAAGAAAGGAAAACAAAAACUUAAAUUUAAAUGUUCAAACUGGCUUAAGGAGGAUCACAAAAAGCCAAUAUUUGGAGUAUUGUUCAACACAUUUCAUGGAGAAAAAGAUCCUCUUCUUUUUAUUACAGUAGGACAUAACAGAGUGACAUUGUAUGAAAGUAAGCCAGAGGGACAUAUCAAACUACUUCAGGCAUAUGCAGAUCCUUCUCAAGAUGAGAAUUAUUACUGUGGUGCAUGGACUUAUGAUGAUGAAACUCAGCAACCUUUGAUUUGUGUGGCAGGCUUAAGAGGAAUUGUUAGAGUUAUCAGUCCUAUUGCACAACAAUGUAUUAAGCAUUUCAUUGGUCAUGGAGCUGCAGUGAAUGAGUUGAAAGUUCAUCCAAAUGAUCACAAUAUGUUAUUAUCUGUAUCCAGAGACAACACAAUGCGACUAUGGAAUGUUAAGAUGUCAACUUGUGUUAUAAUAUUUGGUGGAGUGGAUGGCCACAGAGAUGAAGUUCUUAGUGCUGAUUUCAACAUACAUGGUACAAAACUUAUAUCAUGUGGUAUGGACCAUUCACUCAAGAUGUGGAAAACAGACACAGAAGUUAUACUUGAUGCCAUGAAAGCUUCCUACACAUAUAAUGCUAAACAAAUGAAUGUACCAUUUCCCACACAUAACCAGAACUUCCCUGACUUUUCAACAAGAGAUAUCCAUAGAAACUAUGUGGACUGUGUAAGAUGGCUGGGCAACUUUGUGCUGUCCAAG